AUGCCAUCCUUUUUACUCCUUCCCCUUUUCGUCUUGGCAUGCGUCGUUCGGAGAUGCACCGCUCGUCAGCUCCCACCUGGACCUCGAGGGCUACCCUUUAUUGGAAACAUCCUGGACAUGCCGACAACGAAACCCUGGUUGACGUUCGCUCGAUGGAGUAAGCUCUACGGGGAUAUCUGUUCGGUCACGGUCUUGGGUCAAACAUUUAUCGUAAUCGGAUCUUCUGAUACCGCCGUAGAUCUUCUGGCUAAGCGAAGCUCUGCUUAUUCUGACCGACCUCAUCUGACCAUGGCCUGCGACCUUGCCCGAUGGAAUUUAACCAUCCCGCUCAUGUCGUCGGGUAACACACUAAGGACGCAUCGAAGACUCUUGCACGGCUGUCUGAAUGCCAGCAUUGUCGACAAGUUUGCUGGGAUCCAAGAGAAUGAGGUGCGACAGCUUCUGAAGCGGUUACUGGAAGCACCAGAAAAGUUUCAUAACCACAACGCUCGUCUUGCGGCAUACCUGAGCCUACGCAUCGCGUAUGGAUACGACUCGGAAGUCAAAGAGGACCGGGACAAGCUGUUACAAUUGGUCGAGAGAACAAUGGCUGAAUUUUCAAAGCUCAGUGCGCCUGGGACGUUUCUUGUGGAUCAGCUACCAUUUCUCCGGUUUCCACCUGAAUGGCUUCCUGGUAUGGGAUUCAAGAGGUUGGCCCACGAAUGGAGGAAGGAUCUAGAUGACUUGGCAAACGUCCCUUUCAAUUUUACUAAGGGCCAGGUGGCUGCAGGUAGAGAGAAGGAGUCGUUUGUCUCGGCUCUGCUUCACGAGAAAUCAGCUGCGGAAUACGACAUCAAAUGGGCUGCUUCAACCAUUUAUGGAGGUGGAGGCGAAACAACAACUGCAGCAUUGGAUGCAUUCUUUCUGGCAAUGGUUCUUUAUCCAUCGGUACAAAAACAAGCGCAAGAAGAGCUCGACUCCCUCUUGAACGACGGCGAGCGAUUACCAUCAUUAAGCGACCGCGACAAAUUGCCUUAUAUCAACGCGCUAUGUCUGGAGGUUCUCAGAUAUCAUAGUGUCGUCUCGACAAAUAUUCCUCAUUGCACGUCGCAAGCCGACGUGUACAAUGGGUAUUAUAUUCCUAAGGGUUCCUUGGUAAUUGCUAACAUAUGGAAUAUGACACAUGAUCCCAAGGUAUAUCAAAACCCAAUGGUUUUCGACCCAACGCGGUUUCUAGCGACACCCGAACAUGUACCAGAACGGGAUCCGAGGGAUAUAGCCUUUGGUUUUGGUAGACGAAUAUGUCCAGGUCGAUAUCUAGCCAAUGCGACAGUAUUCAUGGUCUGUGCCGUGGUCCUCAGCACUUUCGACAUUUCGAAAGUCGAAGGGUCUGCCGAGCCUGUGCUUGAUGCAAGUGAUGGUACUAUUAGUCAUCCUGCUCCCUUUUUCUGCUCAAUUACGCCUCGUUCUCGUAGAGCUGUCUACUUGAUCAAUAUCACUAACUAA